AUGCUCCCCGAGUCGCCCCUCCCAAGUACUCCAAUGGCCUCGUCUCCAUCUAAUAGGGAAAACUACUGUCCUCAUUCCACAUGGAAUUUGACACCAGUUAACACUUCACCAUCGAAUUGUUCGAUGGAUUCUGGAGAUGUUGAAAUGGAAGAACCAAAGGAACAGGAGACAUUGGAGACACCACAGAACGACUUAACCCCAGAAUUCUCAAAACGAAAAAGCCGACGUCUUCACAAGGAGAACACCUCGAAUGAUAAUGAGUUGUUGGCCAAUUAUCAUAAUGGUCUUGGUGUCGUUGAACGUGGAACCAAAAUUCCAAUCGGACUCGGCCACACUCCAUUUGUCUUCAAAAAGAAGGUCUCGGGAAGAAUUCAGAGGCAAAAUAACAUGUUGAAGAUUGACAUGGUGCCUGUUUUCAGGAAGAUAGAAUCCCCCUCAAUUUCUGGAGCCAACAGAUCAGAGAAGACAAACUCAGACUAUCUGAAACCAGGAUCCAAUAAAAUCGAAAUCGGACCCAAUCACCAAGCAGACAUUCCACAAUUAGAGGAAAGUCGCGAAGAUGAACCAGAUAGGGAGGAAGUGAUUUGGACACCUCCAGAGCAAACAUUUGACUACGAAAUUUGCCGUAACGGAUAUUGGAGAGCCAUCUGGAGGCAGUUUGAAGGGCAGAUUCCAUUCGAGAUUACGCUUCAAAAUCUGAUGAAAUGUGGAUACUCGUUUGGAGAGAGUCUGGAGACAGUCGACCAGAAUCUGAAGACUGUGCCUCAAAAGUUCAAGCCGUUAUGUGAAAAUCAGUAUAAGCAGUUUGAAAAGUUAUUGUUGGUUAACAAUUUUGAAAGACGGACACUUCAGGAAAAGAGCAUGAAAAACUAUCACAUCGCCGAGGUCCAAAAAUUCUACCAUGACUUCAAAAAUGCCUAUCUUGGAGCUGAAAACACGUGCGACUCCCAUGACCCCCUCUGCAAAGAACUCAGCUUCGUUCCCCGGUGGGCGUGCUCAAAUUGCACCAAGAUUGACAGAGCUCCAGGAGACCUUUGCUUGAUCUGUAAGACUUACGAAGAACUCACUGGAAAUACUCGGCCAGCCACUGAUGUCGUUUUCAACGAUGAGGAUGCUAAGAAGAUUCAAGACUGGAAUCAAUUGGAUAUCAAAAAAGGAAGGACUAUUCCGAUGACGGAGUUCGAGAAGAUUCAAGAGGCGGAGGUCACAUACAGAUGGAUGAACAAUAUUCUAACGGAAGAGGAAGAAAUGAUGAUUGACAAUUAUCAGCUCACUCAUCGUCGUCGCUGGAACAGGUUGUCUGAAGCAGAGCAAAAGGAGAUUGGAAGGAAGAUCGUAGAGCAGUUGAAACCUCAUCCACUGCCUUUGUUCAAAAAGUGCAAGUGUGACGAUGUUGAGAAUGUGCAAAUCCCUGCUCCCUCUCCGGUUAAAGUCGUAAUGUCACAAGAGGUUGUACUGGCAUCAUUCCAAAAAAUCGAUAAGGAUGUUCAAAAUCAGAAUGAGCAAAUCAAGAAGAGAAAACUAUAA